AUGUCCAUCGCCAUCACGUCAGCCGAGACCCUCACCUCGCCUCCUCCUGAUCUCCAGGGUGAAGUCGAGGUCGAGGCGCUCAACAUCUCAUGCGUCCUCCGCCAACAGCCCAUCUCCGUGACCCUCGACGGCCCUACCAUAUUCUUGUCCGCUCUUGCGCUCCUCCUUGUCGUCCAUUUCCUCGAACCCUAUCACGCUGAGCUCUUCAUCGGUCUCGUUCCUCUAGUAUUGCUCAUUCAGAAUGAUUACCAAAACUUCCUAAAUCUGGGUCCCGGCGGUACGCCUUCGACCUUCACCGGUUACAUCCGUAUAACAUGGUUCCGCCUGUGGUCUCUCAGUGACCCCUUUGUCCCACCAGCGGCGGACCCAACCCGUCUCCCGACAUCUGGCAUCCUCAAUCGAUAUCACCUCCCGUACCGCGCGGGACCGCGUCCCAUCGUUGCAGGCAUCGCGCCCCAGAGGCAGCUCGACCAACACGGGUCCCGAGGGUGCUACCGUGCCGUCCGCAGGUCCAUGGAGAAGCUGGCGAGCCGCAUCCCCAAGAAAUUUGGCACCGAGAGAUCGUGCCUUGAGAAGCAUGGCUUAGCCCUCUUUGCGAGACACCCACUCCAGACAAACUGCCAGGGCGAGAUCUGCCAUGUUCAUGAUUCAGAUCACUCGAUGCACAUGUGCCUUCACCCGGAUGAUAUAAAAGAGGUGCUAGACAAGGGCUGGGGCCAGAGACACCCCCUCGCGUGGAGGAGUCGCUUUCUCAAGAGCCCAGUGUCGCCCGACUUUGUCAUGAUCUAUGCACCACGAGCUUCCCAACCAGAUGAUGAAGAAUUGCAAGUAAUCUGCAAUGUUAUCGAGGCUGCCAUCUGGUAUACAGUCGCCGAGGAUAUCGAAAUGACUACACCUCUGAAAUCUACCUGA